AUGACGAAGAAGCGGCGAAAUCGGGGUCGCGCCAAGCACGGCCGUGGCCAUGUGAACCGUGUGCGCUGCGAGUCUAGCGGCGCAAUGGUGCCAAAGGACAAGGCCAUCAAGCGCUACAUUGUGCGCAACAUUGUGGAUGCGUCAGCCCUCCGUGAUAUGCAGGAGGCUUGCGUUAUCGACAACUACGCUCUGCCAAAGAUUUACCGCAAGGUCUAUUACAGCAUUAGUGCGGCUAUUCACAGCCGCGUAGUGCGCGUACGUAGUGCCAAGGACCGCCGGAACCGCGAGCCGCCUCGCCGGUUCCCCAACAGGGAGCAGAAGAAGGAUUAAGCGGCUUGGAACAAUUGCUGGAGCAUCAGCAGAGCAGGAAGCAGCAGCAUCGAAGAGGACCUGCCGGAGUGCUGCUGGUCGGCUCCCUGUGCCAGCGUCUUAACGUGGUCGCGGCCAUUUUUGCGGCCCCGAACGGAUGCGCUUGAGCUCCUGCUGCUCGUAGCAGCUGUCUGGGCUGUGUAAGUCUCACGCUUCAAUCUUUGUGCUCUCAGUAUCUCCCAUCCGGCAUACACAAGACACCAAUACCAAGCAGCACGCAGCUCCGAGAUUGCACCAGCGGAUGCGUCUUGUGGGUGUUUUUAAUUGCUUGGUUAGGCAAGGUUCAAGAGGCAUCGGCUUGGAAAGGUUAGAAAAUGCUAAGGGAAAUCUUUUCCACGGAGUUCUUGAGGGAUGCAUUUACGCUGGGCAUAGAGGUGUAUCACAUCAGGGGUCACCACAUUUUUAGGUUCAAUGGGACUUCCAAAUCAACAAGAGAUCUGGGGGGAUCACGAAGGCAACUAAAAAACGUAGUCUACCAUUUAGGACCAGAAACAAUGCAAGUCAAGGUAAGGGCUGUCGCAGAGAUGCCACAAAACUUGUGACCAAACUCGCAGUACCGAAUGUGUG